AUGACUGACUCAAAGCACGAAGACGUUGAGAAGACCAAUGGUGAAGAACAGACCGGCGAGAAGCAUCAGAUCGAGCAGGAUGCACCCGAUGCCAAGCGCACCAAGACUGAUGGUCAGACUACACUCGAUGAUGUGGUGAUCAGGUCAGAUAAGGACGAGUCAAAGGACGAGAAGAAGGAUGAAUCCAAGGACAAGAAGGACGACACUGAGAAGAAGGAUGAGGACACUGUCAAGCCUGAGAAGAACGAGUCCAAUGGCGACGAUGCCGUGCAGCCUGCCGAAGAGCCUGAUGUUCCCUCCAACAUCCUUGAGAAGGGCAUCAUCUACUUUUUCAUCCGCGGUCGCGUGAAUCUCGAAGACCCUGAGAGUGUUGACGAUAUCGCCCGAUCCUUCAUCAUGCUACGCCCUAUCGCAAAGGACGCUCGUCUCGGCGAUGGUCCCAUUGCUGAUGCUGGCAACACACGACUCCUUGCUCUUCCCAAGAAGACCCUUCCCGAGAGUGGAAAAGAGAAGUACAUGGUAUUUGUCGAAAAGUCUCACGCCUCCUAUGAGGAGAUUAAGAAGGAGUUUUUAUCUGCGGACGAGUACGAUACCAAGUCUGCCGGUACUCGUCGUACACCACCCGCCAAGCCUGUUGGUGAGGGCGUUUACGCCAUUACUUCGACAGGUCGGGAGAGUCAUUUGGCUUACUUGACCACUUUGCCCGAGAAGCUUGAUGAGGUUCAAAAAGAAUUGGGUCUCAAGGAGAAGGGAAGCUUCAUUAUCAGUACCAAGAACCCUCAGUUUCCAGGACCCCAGAACGCCCAAUUGCCCGAAGGACCUGGCUUCCCCAAAGAAAUCAUUGACGAGUUUCGCUCUCUGCGCUGGCUACCCUCCAAGCCCGCCCACUUCGACUAUCCCAAUGCCCAGAUCCUGUUCAUUGGAGAGUCGGAAGGCAUUGAGAAGGCCGUUGAGCCUCAGAAGAAGGACGAGAAGGACGGAAAGGAGGAGCCGGAAAAGGUUCUUGAGCAUCUCGAAGAGGACGACGUGAAGCGCAUGAAGCAUCUUGCUGAUGACCAGUCGGCUGCUAUCUAUGCUGAUUUGCAUGUUCAUGCUAAGGAUUAUCCUAAGCUGCAGACUACUUUCUAA